UUUCAGGGCAAACCCAUGUUAGUGCAGGUUGUUGGAGGCUGUGCCAGCGGUGUAUGGGUGGCUGCAGGAGUCGUGUCCUUGCCUGUGUGCUGUGGGACAUGCUUUGGGAGCGGCAGAGGGGUGGCUGUAGCUGUGCUCAGGGGGCUUUGCUGCUCCACCGCUGCUGACGCUGAUGGUGUGUAUCAACGUGUUGUGUUUGUUGUGUCAUUCCAGCUGGUCACUGUUGAGGAGCAGCAGUUCCUGAAAGAUGCUCUGUAUAACACUGGAAUCUUGAUUGUCUGGGAUCCAGCGCCAUAUCAUGCAGAAAUACAUGAGUGGUACCAAAAACCAGACUACAAGUUUUUUGAAGCCUACAAGUUGUAUCGUAUUAGACAUCCGGAGCAGCCCUUUUAUAUCCUGAAUCCAAAGAUGCAGUGGCAACUCUGGGAUAUUCUGCAGGAGAAUUCCCUGGAGCAUAUUCAGCCUAACCCACCAUCUUCAGGAAUGCUGGGCAUUGUGAUCAUGAUGACGCUCUGCGACGAGGUGGAUGUGUAUGAAUUUCUCCCUUCUAAGCGGCAGACGGACAUUUGCCACUACUACCAGAAGUUUCACGACCGUGCCUGCACCAUGGGAGCCUACCACCCUCUCUUGUUUGAGAAAAACUUGGUGAAGCAUUUAAACCAAGGCACCGAUGAGGACAUCUAUACUCACGGGAAGGUUACUUUGCCCGGCUUCCGAAAUGUACAUUGCUAGCAAAUCAGUUUUUAUUCUAUUUAGACUUUUGCCUCGAUUGUCGAAGCACUUUGAAAAUCAGGGUUGUCAUAUUUGUUAGGUCUAAGCACUGGUGUGUUUUGACAGCUCUUCCACGUUGCGACACUUAGGACCCUUUGGCAUAGCUUCUCCAAACUGGAAGGCAGUGCAAUACGUUGUGGUACAUCCACACAGUGUCUGUGUGAGCCUCUGCAAUAAAUGUCUUCCUCAUGGGGCUGGGCUCGUGCAGCUGGUGGAGUCCUCGGCUCAACUGCUGAUGCUGUAUGAGAAUCACAGGAGAUGCUUGCUAAGCAGAGACUGCACAAGGCUGAAUCAAGUGCUGAUAAGGUUCAGCUUGCUUCAGAGGGGUUCUGACAGCUGAAAGCCUGAUCUGCUGAGAAACAAGAGACAUUCUUUGACACUUGUUCCCAUCGCUCUGGAGCUCUUUGGAGCAGUGAUUUAAGGAAUCACUGUUAAAGCUGGGUACUGAUAAGCUCAACUCCUAUUCCAAGAUGUUUGAUUUUACCAUUAAAAUAAGCAAGGCAACUACCUUUCAAAAUACAAGGCUUUUAAAUCAUCCGGGUGGCAUUUUUGGCAUAUGAGAAGGGAGGCAACUCAUGAUUCAGGAAUUUCUGCAAGAUAUUUUUAGACAUUUUAGUGGAGAUUUGUUUUUUUUUUUUUAAAUAAUUUUAAGCAAGUUUUAUUGACCAUUUACUUCUAAAGUACAGUGUCAUGUUUGGUACAAAAGAAGCUGUAUUUUGAACAUGUUUUGGUGGUGAUGUUGAAAAGCACAGAUGGGAAAACUCACUGGAAGCUGGUACUUCUUUCUAACUCUCUGCUAAUCUACCUCUGUAAUUAUUGGCAAAUUGUUUUCUGUCUUGUCUCCAGUAACAAAAAAAGCCACAUAGCAGCUGGAUGGAUGAGAUGCAGCUCUCUACAAGCUAAGCAGGGCCAUCUCAUUGCUGUUGUGUGCUUUCUGAAUGCAUGGCGAGCAGAUAUAUUGCCUCCAUUCUUCAUCAGCAGUGAGGAAGGAGAGAGUGCUCUGCUCCCCGUGCUCCAACUCAGGCAGAGGGGAGCAGGGCACCUUUUCUCUCUCAUGUAGCAUCAUGGUGGAAGCAGCAGCUCUGCAAUCUCUGUGCAUCAACGAGAACACCUUCCGAGUCCUUUUCCAUACUGAUGUAUUCUGUGGUUAUCUGUAAAGAAAACCUUUUCUUCUCUAGUUUUGAAUAAAUCCUGUGAAGUCACUG